AUGUCUCUCGAUCAGCGCACCCUGAAUCCCCACCGAUACGAGCCAGCCCACGUUGACGAUGUCGACUCUGAGCUGCCGGGCUCUGCAUCCACCAAAUACACGCGACACUCGCAUUACUCCCGCUCUGAAUGGCUCUAUGAAACCGCCACCUUGAUACUGAGCGUCGCCCUCCUGGUUGGCAUUUCCUGCAUUUUCUAUAAGAUGGAAGAUCAACCACUCAAAAACUGGCCCGCGCCCAUAUCUCUUACUGCAACGGUGUCAAUAUUAACAACGUUCUGCUCUGCAGCUCUCAUGCAUAGUAUCAGCCAGUGCAUUGGCCAGCUUAAGUGGCUGUAUUUCCAGAGCGGAUACCACAAGCUCUCACACCUGGAGACAUUCGACGAAGCAAGUCGCGGCCCUUGGGGGUCUAUCCUGUUGCUCACUACGGUCAAGUGGAACCUAGCUACUAUUGGAGCAGUCAUCACUAUCCUCCGGCUUAGCUUUGCGCCGCUGGCCCAGCAAGUCAUUGACUUUUAUGACUCGAGAAUGGCCAUUGAUGAUCAUAGCGUCACCUUUGGGUAUUCCCAGACAUUCCAUCGUGACUUUGGAUCACAACCAUUUACGGUACCAGGCAAGUACUCCUGCGCACGGUCACUUCGCCUUCAUGCCGCUAACAUGUCCGUGACAAUGCAGAAAAUGUCCCACCGGAUUCCGAAAUGCAAUCGGCCAUUCUCCAGGGUCUCUACGGCAUCAGCAGUGCCGCAAGGUUCUCCUGCCCAGGGGUCUGCCAGUGGACCGACGACUACAUAUCCCUCGGGUUCAAGACCAGCUGCAGCAACAACAGGCCCUUACGAUCCGGCAACAUGCAGCAUCAUAACCCCGGGAGGUGUCGUUCUAUCCACACGAUACAGAAUGACCUCAUACGGCACCAGCUAUGUGAUAAAUGUGACCUCAGAUCUACCGACAGGGCUAGAGCCCAUGGCAGAGAGCUUUCCUGGACUCGCCAAGUUCGCGGUGUACAGGUCAACGCCCGACUCGAAUUUUACUCCAACGCUGAUCAACAUCACCGAAUGUUCGCUCUCUCUCACGGCCUACAAAUACACACAGGCCAGCGCCAGCGGCAGCACAGGCUUCGACUUCAACACCACCAGCGAAGUCGACUUCGGCGUGAAAGACCCGUGGAAUUCCGGUCAUGGCGGCGCGGGCAUCGCCGCAGCAACGCUCACCACCAACAAAACCACCGUCAACGGUAUAGAUCUGCCGCCCCUUACGAUCGGGCGGGCGGAGCUAGCCGCGCUCCGAAUCUUCCUCACCUCCGACCCCAUCAUCGCGGAAAUCGUAUCCGGCCAAGUGAAAAACACAACGGGCAGUCACGGGCUCGCCCCGCUCAUGGACGGGACGGUCGACAUCGCGCAGCGGUUCACUCGCAUGGCGCGACUGAUGACGGACCGUGUGCGGAACGGGCCGAAUGCGCUGGUUGCGCAGGGGCAGAGAAUCGAGCUUGUGACGCGUGUUCGCAUCCAGUGGUCCUAUCUUAUUGGGCCGGUUGCUGUUGAGGUCAUGGCGCUUUUCUUCGCUGUUUUGACGGUUAUCCGGAAUUGCGGGGGCCGGGGCGUUCCGCUGUGGAAGACCUCGGCGCUUGCGGUGUUGGCUUGCCGGUAUGAGCGGCGGCUUGGGUUGCUGCAGGGUGGGAUUAAGGAUAUUAAAGACAUGCAGAGGGUUGCUGAGAAGGCGGAGGUGCGGUUGCAGUAG